AUGGGUAUGGGUGGAUUGCAAGAACCAUUUCAAAUCAUCAAUGAAGCAUCGGGAACUAGUAAUGUAGGGCAAGAAAAAGUUCAGGGAAAUGAUGCAGGAGGUGUGAAAAUUAGUGAUAGAAUGUGUAAGGGAAAUCAAGGAGAGGGAAUUUUUAGUGGAAGUAGGGAAAGUGUUGAGACACCUAUUUCAACAAUAAAGGAGAUGCACGACAUGCUAGUGCAGCAAAAGAAAGUCUUGGAAGACAAAAUAAAUGAUGCUGUCAAGAAAUAUCCUGAGAAUAAGUUGGUCAAAGAAUGGAAAAACAAAGUAAAUGAUUUGUUUAAUGAAGUUUCUGCAUCAGAUAUUCAGAUGUCACAGGAAUAUGCAAACUUCGUGAAUAGAUCUGGAAGAAAAUCUUUUCAGACUACACCACCAUCUAAAAUGAAAAUGCCAACUCAUUUGUCUGUAGUAUCAUUCAACAAUGAUGAAAAGGGGUCUAAUAGAAGAGGGUAUAGGCGUAGCAUGAAAUCCGAAUAUCUGAAAUCUCCUUACAUUAUACGGGCUGUUGAUAUCAUCAAAGGAGUUCCACGACAAGAAAAAUGUGUAGCAGAAUGGAUAUUCUCUCUCCAUGGAGAGCCAAAAUAA